UGGAAUCUAGUGAAAUCAUAUAUAACAUUUCUGCUUCAUAAGCCCAUAAUUAGGAAAGAUGGUCAUUAUCAUCCUGUCCUUUCUACUUUUAACAAGGGCAUUUGCUCAAAAAAAUACAGGGGACUUCUGCAUUAUGAAAGGCGGAAAUCCAGGGAUCUGCACAGAAUUGAGUCAAUGUACCAUAAUAGAUCAGCAGUUACAGAAUGGUACAUUAGCGGUUGCUCGAUGUGGUUGGGCUGGAUUUUUACCAAUUAUAUGCUGCCCAUUGAGUUCGCAAGAUAUUUCAACAGAGACAUUACGGGAAAGAUCUGGAGCAAAGCCAAAAGUCACGAUGCAUUCAAUGUUCUCAACUUCGACUCCUCUAGUUGUGCCAGGAGCUACAAAAUUAGGUCUUCUUGCAAUGCAAAUGUGCACCCUUUAUACCAAAUCAGUCUACACUCUGGUAAUCCCACCUAUCUUAGCAGGCGAUCGAAAACCUGUCAAUACAAGUCUCUGCCUCAGCAAGUCUCAGAAGCUCAUUGUGGGUGGGACCAAGGCGGAACCCAAAGAAUUCCCGCACAUGGUGGCAGUUGGAUACAAUACUGGUUCUGGCAUUGACUGGGGAUGUGGGGGUACAUUGGUAUCCGAGUCAUUCGUCUUGACCGCAGCGCAUUGUACUUUUUCUUCAAACAGUGGAUUUGCUGAGUGGAUCAGAGUUGGAGAUCUGAAUUUACGACAAACCAGUGACGAUGCAAAACCACAGGAUCGCAAAAUAAUCAAAAGGAUUCAUCAUCCAAGUUACCAAGCGUCUUCGCAUUAUCACGAUAUCGCUCUGCUGAAAACGGACAUUCCAGUAAAUUUCGAUUCCUGGGUGAGACCUGCCUGCUUACCGACUGCCAGAAGUCUAGAAUACACCGGCAAAGCAAUUGCGACUGGAUGGGGUAAAGUUGAUUGGAAUGAUGAAGAGGGAUCCAACACUCUUCUUAAGGUGACGCUUCCUGUUAUGCCCCCGGGCACUUGUAAUCAGACAUUUAACGGAAAUACAAUUAACUCAAAAUUAGUCUACGGUAUAGUUGACGAUUGGCAGAUUUGUGCUGGAGAAGAAGGAAAAGAUACAUGUCAGGGGGACAGCGGUGGACCAUUAGUUAUUCCCGAUGCCGCUAACGACUGUAUGUAUAACGUUAUCGGUGUCACAAGCGUGGGCAGACUGUGCGGAACCAUCAUCCCAGGAGUGUACACACGUGUAUAUUAUUAUCUCUCUUGGCUCGAAGAGGAAAUUUGGGGAUAAUUCAAAGUGAAAUGAUCCAUUACUUAUUAAUAUGUAGAAAUAAUGCAUGUUGACGUUUUUGGUAUUUGCAAUGAUUAACAAUGUUUGAAUUGAAGAUAUUAUUUGCCUUGGUUAUAGUGUCAAGAUAUUAUCAUACAUUGGGCCGUUCGGUUCUGAAAUAUAUGAUCAUAUCGAAAAUCAUUUAAUUACAAAACUGCAGAAGUUUAACAAAGAGGUAUGUAAACUGUU